AUGCAACUGGCUGGUGAGGGGUGAAGGGUGCCUCCCCUUGGCCGCAUCUACCGCACCUGUAGGACACGGCACAUUCUCUGCACUACAAGAGGGGCAUCAUGGAAGGAACAGCGGCAGCCCCGGCCCCGUGCUGGAGUGGAGGAGGAGGCAGCAGUGGUAGAGCUCGGAGGCAACGGCGUUGCUCACGGCGGGACCGUGAGAGUCGCUGCACUCGCCGCCGAGGGAGCCGCCCUGGAGAUGUUUCUCAUCGGGGACUCUCAUCAUCGUCGUCUUCAGGAUCAGACAGUGAAGGGCCCUCCCCUCCUGCCCCCGUGGCACCUGGCAAAGCCCGCCCCCUACAGCAGCAGCGCCGACGCCGGCGGCCCCUGCGACGGCGGAAGAGAGCCUCUGGAUCUUCCUGCAGUCAGGAGGAAGAGGAGGAGGAAGAGGAAGAAGAGGAUCUUAUUGAUGGCUUUGCCAUUGCCAGCUUUGUCAGCCUGGAGGCACUUGAGAAGGAUGCAACCUUGAAGACCCCAGAGCGCCUGGAGCUUCGGAUGAAGCAGUCCGGAAAACGAAAACGGGGCGAGGGGAACAACUCUGAGCCAGAAGACGAUGACGGGAGCUCAGAAAAGGGUCGCAGCCGGGGCUGUGGAGGGGAGAGAGCGAUGAGAAAAUGUAGCAAGAGGCGGCGCAAAGAGCCUUCCCUCCAAUCCUUCCUGGAAACUGGAUAUAUAUGUGAUACAGAAAGUGACCCAGAGGAGCAGGCCUCCGUCGAUGACCUCGAACAGUCAUUCACUGUCUCAACCAGCAAAGCCUCGGGACCCAUUGGUGCAUUAAACGGGAGCUGUGAAGCCAAACUCUCUGUGAUCCCUAAAGUCUCUGGCCUGGAGCGGAGCCAGGAGCGUAAUUACGAGGCCGACCGGGACCCCUUGAUAGUGCCUUUCCUGCCCAAGGAGCCCCCUUCUCAGGCAGCUGUGGCCCCUGUUCCAACUCAAGCCUUGCCCCCCAGUCCUCCUGCCCCACCUUCCACAAGGACUCGGGCUCAGACGCCUAAUACUGUUCACGGGACUCCCCAGCCCAAGGGCCAUCCGCCUCCGAUGCCUCAGGGGGGAUCAGUCCCCCACAACCUCAUGCAAAACCAGCUGCACAUGAAGGUACCACCCUUUGCCAGCCAGACGCAGGCAUCAUACACUGUAGGACUGGACCUCAGCACCGGAGGGUGCAGCCGUGGUGCAGCUCACCCCAAGCCCAUCCUCCCCCCGUGCUCCCCCUCUUCCUCUCAGCUCCCUCACCGACCCUCCACCCCCUCUCUGGCCCUGCCUCCCCACGCCUUUCCACCCUCCCUUCGCCCCCCUUCCCAUCACCACCCGGGUAUGUUCACCCCCUCACCCGGCCUCCCACCACCACCCCCGCUGCUUCAAGUUGCUGGGCACCCAGCUGCAGCCGCUGCCAUAUCUGAACAAGAACUGAUCCGACAAGACUUGAGCUCGCGAUUCCUGGCGGGGCAAGGCGGGCCUGAGAUGGCAGCCGCCAUCCGCCCACUGGCCUUCCAGUUCCACCAACACAACCACCAGCACCAGCACACCCACCAGCACACCCACCAGCACUUCACCCCUUUCCCCCCGGGCAUGGUGCCUGCACCCAGUCCAGCCAUGUUUGAGAAAUACCCUGGCAAGAUGGAUGGGCUUCUGAGGCAUAAUUUUUAUGCCGCGUUCCCCCCAACCGUGUCGGGGAUCCCCCCGGUCCUGCCUCCCGCUGUGACUUUUGGCUCCUUGCAGGGGGCGUUCCAACCUAAGAGCACUAAUCCUGACCUGCCAUCCCGGCUGGGCGCUGUCCCACCCAGCUUGUCUCAGAAAGGGACCCAGCUCACAGAUCCUUUCAGGCCUACGCUGAGAAAGCCCGGGAAGUGGUGCGCCAUGCAUGUCCGUGUGGCAUAUAUGAUCCUGCGGCACCAGGAGAAGAUGAAGGUAGGGUGGGCCUGUGCCGCCUCCUCCCUCCGCCUGCAUACCAUGAUGGGGAGUGGCCCAGCUCCUGCUGGUGGCCACCAGAGGGUCGCUGCAAGCCACGGGAGAGGGCUCUCCUCUUCUGCUCUUCUGAUGUCCGUGCCGGCCCCUGGAUGCAAGUCAGGGUUUGGCGACGCUCCAAAAUUGGAUUUCCGGAACGACCUCCUCACCUGCUUGCCUGGCACUGGAGCCUUUGGCAGCCUUCCCCACAGCCAGGAGCUGGCACGUCCUGCCACCCUCUUCACAACCUCUGGUGCUGUCCACCCAGGGAGCGGCUCAUCGUUCGGCCCUACCAGCACUCCUCAUGGCUCCUUCCUCAGCCCCAGCCCCCACAUCGAUCCCUUCGGCAGACCCCCGAGCUUUGCCUCCCUGGGGGCGCUCUCCAACGGAGCGUUUGGGGGCCUGGGCAACCCAUCUUUCAACCCAGCCUCUGUCUUUGGGCAAAAGGACAGCCCCGGAGCUCCAGCUUACCCCAGCCCCCAUGAAGCGUGGAACCGCCUGCACCGCACACCGCCCUCCUUCCCCACUGCCCCACCCUGGCCCAAAGGUGGCACCGGAGAGGGGGCCGAGCGCGGGGGAACCCAGCACGACAAGGAGAGCGAGAAGCCAGAAGGGCCGGUGAUCAAGGAUGAAAAGGACAGAGACACCCUCUUCUCCCGCCAUCCGCUACGUGCCUCCCCAGCCACGCCCACCGGCAAGAACCCAGUGCUGGGCCACGAGGAGCUGCCAGGCCGUUCCCAUGUGGCGGCAGAGCGUGAGCACCGCUACGGAAGCCCGGCAAGCUCAAGCCACGCCUCCCGCUCGCCAUAUCCCGAGCCACCUCUGAAGAAGGAAGUGAAGGUGAAGGAAGAGCCGGAGCUGACCGGAUUUGAGGGCGCUCUGCGUGCAGGCGCUCCCUUCCACAGCACCCUCCAUGUCUCCCACCCUCUGGGGACGCUGGCUAUGUUUGAGCGCCCCCAGGCCGGGACUGGUGGAAGCGUCUCGCCCUAUUUGGUAGCUGGCCCACCUUCGGCCGCUUCCUACGCCGCGCUCGAAGCCUGGCGUGAGCCCUACCAUCGGGGCCUGGAGCUGCACCCGCUACAACGCCUGCCCCGCUUUCUGGAGACCCCUUCACCCGCUGCUGCUGAAGAAUACGAACGAGCCCGAAUCUAUGGCCUGCCGCCCCCUACCCACCCCAGCCUCAUGGCUUAUUCCCGACACCAGAACGGGCUGCUGGCAAAAGCCACCUCGUCAGCCACAGCUGCUGCGGUGGGACUACUGAGCGCCCCUCCACCUCUCAUCCCCGCAUCGAAUGCUCGGCCCUGUUCUCCUCGGCGUGCCCCCGACAUCCGGGAACUGGCAGCCGCCUACAAGGACAGGGACUCCAGAUAAUGGUGCUACAAC